UGCUGUGGCGUAAAGAAAGUGGCUGAUUCUCGGUCAGGGAAUGGAGUCGGUUGGUUUCCCCUUGCCGCCACCCAAUACACUGCUUGGCUCACCAGUCUAGAACUCUCGGCGCAGGUCCUGCCAAGGGAGGUACAAGAGAAAGUAAACAAGCCCACAAUCUCAUGGGAACCAUUGAAAGCAGACCACGCUGCCACGUGCAAAGCCAUCAUUUCACGGAUGCACCAUUGCGUUAAUGUCCCGACCCAUGUGUUAAGGGCAGGCAACCCUUGCUCUACCGACGAGAACGAUGGUCAUUUUGCAUACCCGAUUCCAAAAGCGGCAAUUAACCAGACCUUCUACGAGUUUGCCAGGUCCACCACUUUGCUCCUGGGACCAGUCAAAAUCAUCCUGCAUGAAUGGAAUGAUGAAAUAUUGGCCCAGAUCACCCGCGGCCCCUAUUCCUCUGUUCCCGCCCCUCAAGUU